AUGGCCGAGAUAUUCUUAUCCUCAGAUAUCGCAGAUAAUGUGAAGGGGAAGGUGGUUGUCAUGACAGGUAUUAUUCACCAUGCCAGCUUUCCAGGCGGUGCCCAAGGAAUUGGAGCAGCAACAGUCUCCCUGCUGUACGAGAGAGGCGCCCAUGUUUAUUUCGGAGACUUAGAUGAUGUCAAGGGCCAUCAAAUGGUUAGCCAUAUCCAGUCAAGUAUGCCUCAGAGCAGCGGAUCGGUACAUUUCCAGAAGCUCGACGUCCGCAACUACAACGAACAACUUCAGCUCUUCAAGACCCCUUAUGAAGAGAGAGGUCAUGUCGAUAUUGCCAUCUCCUGCGCUGCUGUCAUAGAGCCGAAUGGUUGGUUUGGGCCUGACCAACUUACCCUCCAAGCGGUGGAGACGGAACCCCAGCCGCUCAAGAAUACUAUCGACAUCAACCUUACGAGCGUUGUUCUCUUUUGUCGAUUAGCAAUUGCUUUUAUGAAGGCAGAUAAAGAACCAACCAAGUCAAGCGACUUCUCCAAGUCUAUCGUCUUGCUGUCUUCUAUCGCUGGAAUAACCGAAGCAGCUGGUCUCUUCGCCUACAGCGCUUCAAAGCAUGGCAUUAUUGGGCUAAUGCGAUCCUUACGGGCGCUGGCGUCAGCCAAAUACUGUAUCCGCAUCAACGCCGUGUGUCCCUGGGCGACGGAUACGCAGAUGAUCGAUAAUGUCCGUUCGAUCUGGGAUACGCAUCAUCUCCCACUGAAUGCGCCCAAUGAUGUUGCGCAGUUUAUCACUCAGCUGGCAACUGACAAGUGUUUGAGUGGGAAGUCUGUUCUGGUCGCUGGCGGAAGAGGCUUUGACACAGAGGAAGGUAUUGAUAAGACGAUGUCUGAGUGGUUUGGACCUCUUACGGAAGAGUUCUGGCGCGGGCAAAAAGCCUUUGGGACGGGUGAUCAAUGGUCGGAUAUCUAA